UGAAUAUGAUAAUUAACUAAUUUCAAAUAAUGGAAGAGGAAUUAAGAGCCAAAAUUGAUCAAGCUUGUAGAACUGCAGAAGAAUUUACGAAAUUAUAUUAUGAAAGUUUAGACAAACGGAGAUAUUUAAUGUCACGGCUGUAUAUGGAUACUGCUAUUUUAAUAUGGAAUGGAAAUGGUAUAGAAGGAAAAGAUCAAAUUCAGAAUUUUUGGACAGAAUUACCAUCUUCAGAUCAUUCAGUCAUUACUUUAGAUGCUCAACCUAUUACUGGACCUGCAGUAGCUAAUCAAUUAACAUUUUUAGUUAAAGUUAGUGGCCAAGUAAAAUAUCAAGAUAAAGCACCAAAAACAUUUAACCAAAAUUUUCUAAUAACUGCAUUGGGUGAUAAAUGGAAAAUAGUGAGUGAUUGUUUUAGAACGCAAGAAGCAUUAGAAAAUUAAAUUGCUUUUGAUAGGAUUUAAAAUAUCAACCAA